AUGGUAGAAGUUUAUGAGUUAUGGAUUGUGAUAGUUUCACUCAUAGUGGUCAAGCUAUCUCAUUGGAUCUAUCAAUGGAGGAACCCAAGGUGUAAUGGAAAACUUCCUCCAGGGUCAAUGGGUUUUCCGAUCAUGGGAGAGACUUUUCAGUUCAUGAAGCCUCAUGACGCUCUUCAGUUUUCAGCAUUCGUCAAGGAGAGAAUCCUCAGAUAUGGACCAGUUUUCCGGACAAGCUUAUUUGGAGGCAAUGCUAUAAUGUCGAUGGAUAAUGAAUUGAACAUGGAGAUAGCAAAGACAACUCAUAUUCCUGGUGUCCCGAAGAGCAUAACACGACUAUUUGGCGAAAACAACUUGUUUGUGCAGAGCAUAGAAUCCCAUAAACAUGUCCGAAGCUUGACAUUCCAGAUGUUGGGUUCAGACGGUUUAAGAAUAAGAACUAUGAAAGACAUCGAUCUAUUGUCUCACAAACACAUGGAGGAAGGAGCUAGGAAAGGCUUCCUUGACGUCAAAGAAACAUUAAGCACGAUCUUAAUUGAAUGCCUUGCAAAGAAAGUUAUGGGCGAUAUAGAACCAGGAUCAGCGAAAGAACUCGCACUCUGUUGGAGAAAUUUUCCCAGUGGCUGGUUUCGGUUACCUUUCAACUUUCCUGGAAUGGGUGUCUAUAAUAUGAUGAAGGCGAGAAAGAGGAUGAUGAAAUUACUUAAGGAGGCAGUGUUGAAGAAGAUAACAUCAGGAGAGGAGCUCGGAGAGUUCUUUAAGAUCAUAUAUGGAGAAAAAGAUACGAUGAGUGUAGAUAAAGCGAUCGAGUACAUAUAUACCUUCUUUCUGAUUGCUAACGAAACAACUCCCCGAAUUCUUGCGGCUACAGUAAAGCUCAUAAGCAAGAACCCUAAAGUCAUGGAAGAGCUGCAGAGAGAGCAUGCGGAAAUUUUCCGGGGUAAGAAAGAUAAAGAGGCCAGCCUAACUUGGGAAGACUACAAAUCCAUGACUUUCACCCAUAUGGUGAUCAAUGAGUCUCUUAGAAUCACAAGCACGGUGCCUGUAGUGCUUAGAACACCUGAUCAUGACAUCCAAGUAGGUGAUAACACAAUUCCAGCUGGUUGGAUCUUCAUGGGCUAUUCUAGUGUCCACUUCAAUCCCGAAAAGUAUGAGGAUCCUUUAGUAUUUAAUCCAUGGCGCUGGAAGGGAAAAGAUUUGAGCGCGUUGGUCUCCAAGAAUUACAUUCCAUUUGGCGCUGGCCCUAGACUCUGUGUAGGGGCUUACUUCGCUAAGCUGAUGAUGGCCAUUUUUAUUCACUAUUUGUGUAGAUACAGGUGGUCAAUGAAGGCAGAGAUCACAGUAACUCGAAGCUAUGUGCUUAUGUUUCCGCAUGGAUGUGAUGUUCAAAUCUCAGAAGAUACCAAAGUGGAUAACUAA